AUGGAAUCCGACUCGGCCCCCUCCAACUGGCAAGACCUCGUCGCGCAAAAGCAACGCGAGUGCGAACAGAAGAUCCCCCGCGAAUGGGUCCCGAGCGGGGCCAUACUCGCGGGCCGACACCCACGAUUGUUGGAGUACGACUUGCCCCGUCGCAGUGGUCUUCUUUCCGAGAGCGAAUUGGAUAUUACGGAGAAUUAUACCGCCAGUCAGUUAUUGGUUAAGUUGGCUUCUGGAUGUGUUAGUUCUUUGAAUGUUACUACGGCGUUUUGUAAGAGGGCUGCUAUUGCCCAGCAGGUUCUAUCUUGUCUAACAGAGUCAUUCUUUUCUGAGGCGCUUGAGCGCGCUAAGUAUUUGGAUGAGUACCUCCAACGUGAAGGGAGACCUAUUGGACCUCUCCAUGGUCUACCUAUUAGUCUAAAAGAUAGCUUCUGUGUUGAGGGUACACAGUCAACAGUUGGAUAUGUCGCUCUUCUGAAAGAGGAACCAUCGAAGACGAAUUCCGCGCUCGUGAAGAUGUUGUUGAAGCUGGGAGCGGUCCUAUACGUCAAGACGAACAUUCCACAGACAAUGAUGACCGCCGACUCCGAAAACAACAUCUUCGGCCGCACCCUCAACCCCCACAACACAACCCUAACAGCAGGCGGAUCCAGCGGCGGCGAAGGCGCACUCGUAUCAUUCCGCGGAUCCAUCCUAGGCGUGGGAACCGAUAUCGCCGGCUCAAUCCGCAUCCCAGCAUUAUGCUGCGGCGUCUAUGGCUUCAAGCCAACAGCCAACCGCAUUCCCUUCGGUGGACAGGUAUCCGGUGCUACGGAGGGAAUGCCGGGACUGAUUCCAGCAGCUGGGCCAUUGGCACACAGUAUCGCUGAUUUGAAGUUACUUAUGAGUACAGUCAUUGGGGAUGGUCAUGCGUGGAAAUAUGACUCUGGGGCUGUUAGUGUACCCUGGCAGAGUAUCCCGUGUGGUAUCAACGAUACUGCUAAUGGGAGUUUGAGUAUUGGUGUUCUGGCUGAGGAUAAACAUUUCCCGCUUCACCCACCUGUUAAGCGGGCUUUGGACUCUGCGAUUGAGGUAUUGACUCGUGUCGGACACCGGAUCGUCCGUCUCAGUGCUAGUGGUGAUGAAGCGCUGAGUGUGGCUUAUGCUUCACGUCUCGCAUUCCAAUACUUGACCUACGGCCCGCAUAAAGAUCUUAUUGCCGCUAGUGGUGAGCCCCUUGUGGCAUCCGUGACUAAAGCUGCUGCACCUAUGUUCUCAGGUCCUUUUUCUGUAGAACAGGGACUUGAACCGUUUGACACAAUCCAGGCGCUGCAUGAAGCCAGGGCGCGGGUUAAUGAUGCUUGGCGGCAAACUUGGGUUGAUCAGAAGCUCGAUGUUAUCUUGGCUCCUGGGGCUCAGAAUACUGCUGUUGGUUAUGAUACUUAUGGAUGGCCUCCUUAUACUGUUAUCUGGAACUUGUUGGAUUAUCCUGCGUGCAUAAUCCCAUAUGGAAAAGCAUCUAAAGACCUUGAUUCAGAGCCGAUGAAUACAUCAGACGAUGUUCAGCCCAACUAUAUCCCCGGCGAAGUCGACGGCGCACCUUGUGCUAUCCAAGUCAUCACACCCCGAUUCCAGGAUGAGAAGUGUCUCUGGGCAGCUGAUAUAAUUGACAAGGCGUUGGCUACGUACGGCAAGAAAUAA